AUGGCAUUCGUCGAAGCACUGUACAUGUUGACUGGUGCAUUGGACAAUCCUUUGGGAGACGGAAGUUACCGAGAGAAGAACUUUGGCAGCUUGAUGAUGGUUGCUGUCUUCGGCCCUGUGGGCUGCAUCAUUGUGGCACAUUUCAUUGCCACCGUGGUCCGCGAGCAGGAGCGGAAGUUUGCUCUGGACAUCCGUCAUGAAGAGAACCAGGCCUUUGUCAAGCGCGCCCUGGAGAACCUCAACGUGCCCAAAGAGCUUCAGCGUCGCGUCUUCAGCCUGCACUACUUCCAGAAGAUGAGCCACGAUUAUGAGGCCUUUGAUCAUUUGUUCAAGAACCACACCUUGUCAUCUCCCUUGGAAGAUGCCAUCCGCGUCUAUUUGUACCAGUCCGUCCUUUGCUCCACCUUCUUCAGCAACAAGGAGUUGCUGGGGGUGGUGCGAGUCUUAGAAGACAAAGCCUUCCUUCCGGGUGACUAUGUGGUCCGCGUUGGGGAGGCAGCUGGGUGGUCCAAAGAAGUGGAAGAUGCCAUUGCGAAGCGGAAGGGGGACCACUUCGGAGAAGUGGCGCUCAUUAAGGGAAGUCUCCGCACUGCCUGGGUGAAAGCAGAGACGUAUGUCGUUGCGUCAUGUUUGCGGCGCAGUAGCAUCGAGCAGAUUUGGAAGUACUUUCCACAUGAACGUGAAUCCUUGCAGAGACAAGUGAUGAAGACAGUUAUGAGGAAUGCAGCACGUUCCGCCACCGCUCGCAGAAGCUUGCUAGGUCAAGGAGCUGCCGCAACAACGACAGAGACCACUGAAACAGGACUGGGUCAAGCUCCCAAAGAGGCUCAUGAACAUCCGGAGGCCACGCCAUCCUCCUCCACUGAAGCCCUGGCCCGAAUUGAAGGGCUCUGCGAGGCUUUCACCGCACGGCAGCAAGAAAUGCUGAGCCGUCUGGAGGACCUGGAACGUCGCUGGGAGUCCGAAUCCAAAGACCCCAAGGCCAAGAAGAGCAAGGAGCCGAGCGACUCCACGGGGCGAAUUGUGGGCGGCGAGGCUCCAAAGAAAUCGGGCAAAGCGAUCGCCAAGAAGAAGCUCACCCGGCCUGAUGCACCAGCGGAGCCUUCAAGCACUUCAGGUGCUGCAGCUAGCGAGAUCGGCAGGCCACUGAUGGAGCACCUCGAUGACUAA